GGGCGUUUCCAUGGCUUAUCCCUCGCGGCCGGUGCGGGUGGAGGGGAGAGCAGCCGAUGGCCGGGCAGCUGCCGCCUGGAGACGGGAUCUGUGAGGAAAAGUGCUGAAAACCCCCCUUUUUCCAUCGUCAUGCCGGGUGUGGGUGAUGUGACAGGGGAAAGCGAGCUGGAGAAGGCGUGUUUUUCCCUUUGUCACCGGCUCUGCUGGCUCCGUGAGGAGUUGGAGCACUCGCUGCCCCGCUGGGCCGGGCUCCCGGCGCGCUGUGUGGUGCUGCGGUUCCUCAAGUCCCCCCCCAACCAGACCAAGACUUCAGAGGAAAUACUACACCAUCUGCAAAACAUCGUGGACUUUGGAAAACAUGUGAUGAAGCAGUUCUUUGGGGAGAACUACGUUCACCACGGGGAAAUUAUUCAACUGCCUUUAGACUUUGUAAGACAGCUCUGUUUGAAAAUCCAGCCAGAGAGGCCAGAGUGUCGCUGUGACAAGGACAUGGACACGCUGAGCGGGUUCGCGAUGUGCCUUCCCAACCUCACGAGGCCGCAGAGCUACCGCCUGGCCGAGCACCGGCCCCUGCUCUGCAUCGAGAUCAAGCCAAAGUGUGGCUUCAUUCCCUUUUCCAGCCAUGUUUCACAGGAGAUAAAGCACAAGGUGUGUCGUUACUGUAUGCAUCAGCAUCUAAAGGUAGCAAACGGGAAAUGGAAGCGGCCCAGUAAAUAUUGCCCGUUGGAUCUCUUCUCAGGAAACAAACAGAGAAUGCACUUUGCUUUGAAGAGCUUAUUACAGGAGGCACAGAACAACUUGAAAAUAUUUAAGAAUGGUGAACUAAUUUAUGGCUGUAAGGAUGACCAGGACUCUGUCUCUGACUGGAACGAACUCGCUCGUCACUUAAAACCUUUCUUUUUCCCCUCCAACGGGCUGGUGAGUGGCCCCCACUGCACAAGGACAAUUGUUAAAGAACUGAUCCAGGUGAUAACCAUGACGCUACUGAGCAGCACCGACACCUGCAGGGCGGGUGACAUGAAGACAGUGCCCAUCUCACAAGGACGAAGCUACUGUGAAGCGAGUGCUUUCAAUAAGGAGCUGGUUAGAAACGGUAAACACAAAUUGGAAAGCUCUGGCUUACCGAGGGGUUGUCUCCUUUAUAAAACCCUUCAGGCUCAGAUGCUUGACAUGCUGGAUAUUGAAGGACUCUAUCCUUUGUACAGUAGAGUUGAACAGUACUUGGAGGAAUUUCCUGAAGAGAGAAGUACCUUACAGAUAGAUGGACCUUACAACGAAGCAUUUUAUGAGAAGCUGCUGGAUCUUUCCCCGGAGGAUGACGGGACGGUGGCGUUCGCGUUAACAAAGGUGCAGCAGUACAGAAUAGCCAUGACUGCUAAAGACUGCUCCAUCAUGAUUGCCCUUUCCCCCUGUCUGCAGGAUGAGUGCCCUGAGCAAAGAUCUGUGGUACUGACAUCCAAAUCCAGAUUCACCUUUUCCGUCUCUGUGCUGGACCUGGACCUGAAGCCCUAUGAGAGCAUUCCCCACCAGUACAAACUGGAUGGGGAGAUAGUCAACUAUUACCUGAAGAAUGUACAGGCCAAAGAGGACCCUGUUAUGUCCAACCUCUUCAAGGAGAAUGAAGACUGCACAUUAGUUCUCCACAAAGUGUAACCAUUUCCUUGAGGUUAUUUUUAUUCAAACACAUUAGAAAGUGAAAGAGUAAUGGAAUACAGUUAUGGUGAUUUUUUUUUUCUUUUCUAUUGUGUUCAGUGCAUUUUUCAGCUGUGAAUGUUUUUGCUUUAUGAAAUGAUUUUUAAUGGGUGAUGCCUUCUCAGAGCCCUGGGAGAGCAUUUGCUAGAUAACCUUAAUGAAUGUAUUUAAUGUGACAGGACAGGUAACGUGCCAUACCUUGGAACUAGAGGACAGAGCAAAUUAAUACAAAAAGUCUACUUAGAAUUGAAAGAGCACAGUUUUAAAGGUUUCCUGAAGUAUUGCACUAACAUAGAGAGCCUAAUUACUAACAAGAGAAUUUGCCUUGGAGCCUGUGCUUUGAGUCUCACUCAUCCUUCCUGGAGGAGGGAAUGCUCUGGCAAAUCCGGAUACAACAUUUUAGCAUUAAUCCACUGAAAACACAACUGUGCAGUGGCUGAUCUGUGGAACUGCCCUGUGUCACUGCAGAACACUUAAGUACUAAAUGCAUGGAUUAGGAACACCAGGCUGCCUCCAGAAGUUUUGUGAUCAUCUUGUAUCUACCUAAAGCUUCUGAAAUGAAGUGCUAAGGGUUAAGGUAAACACCUCUGAGUUUUAUGUCAUAGCUGGGCUUAACUCUCCUGCCAUCCUGGUUUUUAUUGUCCCUACAUGAUAUGCUGCUAUUGAAGGUGAAGCCACAGCCCGCUCUCACCUAAUUUAAACUGAGCUACAAGAAGAAUUUGUUGUGAGUUUUACGGAUCAUUUCAGGUCUUUCAGAUGGUGUCAGACAUUGGCAUCAUUACACUGAUGCCCCCACACACUGUGCAGCACGAGCAGCUGCUUUCAGGCUCCUUCAUUUGAAGUGACACAGAAAAGAGGUGACAGCAUCCCAUUUUCUCCCGGAAGCUGCAGUGGGUCGGUCUCAUGCCAAGGUGAGCUUGUGUUUUUUGUGAUGGCUUUCCUUUGUAAGCAGUGCUGUGUGCAGCUGAAGUCUGGUGAGGGGCUGCACUAAAGCCAUCCUUGAGCAAGAUCCUGAGUUGGAGAGUGGGGAUAUUUUCAAAACUGAGGGUACUAUGAUGAACUCUACAGCCCCUUUCCCCUCAGGGAUUGCACACCCUGAAAGGUGCAGAGAUGCUCCUCAAGCCCCAGGCUGUGACCUGGUUGCAGCCUGUGCUCAGCAUUAAUGUUGUCCAGAGGUGUGUGGGUUAACUGCUAAAAUCACAUUUAUGGUGGGCUCUCAGUGUAAUGUUUGAAUUGUUCCACUGCCCCUGAAAUUCAAAAGGCCGGCCCAGGACCCCCUGCACAUUGGCACAACUCAAGGAGGAAAUGUGAAACACAGAGUGACACCAUUCCCACAGGGACAGAGACCUGGGCUGGCACUGCCAGCUUGGAUCCACUGCCACGUGCCUUCUGGGACAGGGCCUGGAGCUGCUGUCCUGGAUGGGAGAUGUGACACUACAACAGUGCAACAACCUGGCAGCUCACAGUGGGAAUAAUCCCUUCUCUCCAAAGAAAACCUGGGGGGGAGAGAGAGAGCAGCCACUUCUAAAUCCAGAAACCCUCCAGCUGUUAGAAAGAGGAGGAAGGACGGACCAUCCACAGGUGGGAAGUUCCCAGGUUUUUAUGCUGUAACUUUGCGCACAAACAGAAGCGUCUGUGCUGAGCACACAGUUCUGUUUUCAGGCAGGAAGGAGCUAAAGAUGAACUGAACUAAAGGUUACACAAAACCAGCUAAACCAGUUCCAGGGCAGUGGGUAAGUAGUAAUGAAUUCUGCCUGUCUGCUGGACUCCAGACCUGAAAUUAGCCUGGCUUUAUCUAACAGAAGAUUUCCUUAGAGAGUUGCUGUUCAUCAGAACCUAAUCUGUGGUGUGGCUCAGCUGUACAGUCUGGCAGUUUUUCCUGACCUACCAGAACAGUGGGAGAGUGUUCAGUGAUCAAACAGAGGAUUGUGACAUUUUAUGGCAUUAUAAAGAUACUGUUGCUUCAGUUCUUGAUUUCUCCAGUUUCCCCAUUGCUGUACAAUAUUUUGCCAUCCCUGGGGUGGCUUCAGCAGCUCUGGCCUUGGAAAGGAGUCUCAGUAUCCUUUGAGAGCCAGAGUUCGUGGGUUUGGGCCCUUGGUUCCAAGAGCUGUUACUCCCUCCCCAGGGAAGGACCUGACUUCAGUUUGGGGUUGAUAUGGUUUGGUUGGGAUGGGGAGAGCAGGAACUCUGGAAAAACACAGAGAGUUCCUAAACGGGCCGAUGGCACAUCUGAGGGAAGUGAAGGGAGAGGUGAGACAUCUGUCUGAUCCAUGUUGUUUCUUCAGGGAUGAAUGUAUGACAUGUGAAGCUUUGGUGAGGUGUUACCUCCCAGAGCUCCCCCCUGGCAGCAGCAAGUGCUGCAGGGGGCAGGAGGUCACUCAGCCACCCCUUCCCAGGAGGGGAAUGGGGCCUCUCUGGGGUAGUUUAAGCUGUCUCAACACUUCCACUGUGGAACAAAGUUACUUCAGACAGUUACACUUGGGUUUUUUACCAUUGUUAUGUCUUUGAAAUCUUCAAAUUGUCUUCUUCCACCCUAAUUUAAGGAGAAAGCUGUUUAACUCUUUGUUCUAGGAGUCUCUUACUGUUCUCUUGUCAUUUUAAAAUCACUGUACUUUUACAGAGCUGUGAAAUGAAAUGGAUUUUUAUGGACUUGAUUUUGACAGUGCAUGAUCUUUUAACAAUUUCCAGGUAUCUAGAAAAUGUUAAGAAGAUGAUAAACCACUCUGGUACAUUAAUGAUUCAGAAAGAUGAAUUUAUAAUGAAAUCACUCUGUACAUGUAACUAUUUUAUUUGGCAUUUUUGUAUUUAAAUGGCUGUAUUUAUUUUCAUGUCAUGACAAUUUAUAUAUAACGUGCCAUAAUUGUACAGAUAGCAUGUUUUAUGAGUAUGGUUUCUAAAUGGAAAAUAACUUAAUGUUUAUAUUCAAUAAAAUUAUAGACCGUGUAACACAAUAUCUUAAUUAAAACUACUUUUGAAAUUGCUA